AUGUCUCAUACCUCUAAUAAGAAGUAUCAGCGAAAUGAAUUUGCCUUGUGCUUUGGAUACAGCCCUCGUUACAACCUAGAGAACACCAAGCAGAGGCUCCCAACCCAAACCUGCUUAGCUCCCAACUCAAGCCUGCCCAGCUCCCAACUCAAACCUGCCCAGCUCCCAACUCAAGCCUGCCCAGCUCCCAACUCAAACCUGCCCAGCUCCCAACUCAAGCCUGCCCAGCUCCCAACUCAAGCCUGCCCAGCUCCCAACUCAAACCUGCCCAGCUCCCAACUCAAACCUGCCCAGCUCCCAACUCAAGCCUGCCCAGCUCCCAACUCAAACCUGCCCAGCUCCCAACUCAAACCUGCCCAGCUCCUAACUCACACCUGCCCAGCUCCCAACCUAAAACUGCCCAGCUCCAAACUCAAACCUGCCCAGCUCCCAACCCAAACCUGCCCAGCGCCCCAAACACAACUCUGCCCAGCUCUCAACUCAAACCUACCCAGCUCCCAACCAUGCCCAGCUUCCCAGCUUAACUCUGCCCAGCUCACAACCCAAACCUGCUUAGCUCUCCCAACCCUGCCCAGCUCCCACCCCAAACCUGCCCAGCUCCCCAAACCCAACUCUUUCUAG